CCACGUCUAUUGUCUGAGGACAGGAACUCACUGAAAAGACCUGCAGAGGCGGAGAAAGUGAAGUGUGUGCAGCGUAGACAGAGCCCGGUAAUUUUAUGCUGCCAAAAUGGGACAUAAAGUGGUCGUAUUCGACAUUUCUGUCGUCAGAGGCUUGUGGGAAACGCGUGUCAAGAAGCACAAAGCCUGGCAGAAGAAGGAGGCCGAACGGCUCGAGAAAAGUGCGUUGGAAAAGAUCAAGGAGGAGUGGAACUUCGCGGCCGAGUGCCGCAGGAAGGGUGUCCCCCAGGCGGCCUACUGCAGGAAUGGCUUCGUGGACACCACCGAGAGGCUCCUGGACAGGCUCGAGAGGAACUCCCUCCUGCGGCAGGGCUCGCCUUCCAAGGACAGGGGCAAAGGGAGCAGCGCUUUCGUGUUUGAACUUUCGGGGGAGCACUGGAAGGAGCUCCCAGAGUCCUUGAAGGGGCAGACGCACCUGAAAGAAUGGCACAUAAACAACACCCUGAUUGAAACCAUUCCUACCUAUAUCGAGCUCUUCCAAGCGAUGAGAAUCCUGGAUCUGCCAAAAAACCAGCUCUCCCAUCUCCCGGCUGAAAUUGGCUGUUUGAAGAACCUGAAAGAACUCAAUGUGAGUUUUAACCAUCUGAAGAGCAUUCCUCCAGAACUGGGAGACUGUGAAAAUCUGGAGAAGCUGGAUUGUUCUGGAAAUCUAGAAUUAACCGAGCUCCCCUUUGAACUAAGUAAUUUGAAGCAAGUUACAUUCGUUGAUAUCUCGGCAAACAAGUUUUCCAGCGUCCCCAUCUGUGUCCUGAGGAUGUCUAAUUUGCAGUGGUUGGACAUCAGCAACAAUAGCCUGAAUGACCUGCCCCAGGACAUAGACAGGCUGGAGGAGCUGCAGACGUUUCUCCUGUAUAAGAACAAGCUGACCUAUCUGCCUUAUGCGCUGCUUAACCUGAAGAAGCUCGCCUUGCUAGUGGUCAGCGGGGACCACCUGGUGGAGCUCCCGACGGCCCUCUGUGACUCGUCCACACCGUUAAAAUUUGUAAACCUUAUGGACAAUCCUAUUGAUAAUACCCAGUGUCAAGAUGGUGACGAAAUGAUGGAAAGUGAACAAGACCGUCAACACUUUGAUAAAGAAUUUAUGAAAGCCUAUAUCGAAGAUCUAAAAGAAAGAGAGUCUGUUCCCAGCUAUACCACCAAAGUGUCCUUCAGCCUUCAGCUUUGAUAUUGUCCCUCAGAAGUCCGCAGAACCUCCCUGUCUGUGCAGCUGUCAGUCUUUGUGCUGUGUGUCAAGUCACACAGGUGUCAUGGCUCGUGUUUAAGCACGAAGUCCAGAAAUCACUGUCAUAAUUGUUCGGAAAAAUGAUUUUCAAAUUUCAAAUAUAUGAAUACCUCUCUCGGUGGACUGGGGAAUUGAUAAGUGGGUUUAUAUAUUGAGAUUUAAAGAUUCAUUUGCAUACACUUGUUUCUAAAUACUGCACACUUAAUAGUUUAGAAAUGUAUUAUUUUUUAAAAUUGUAACUUAGACCAAAUUUUGAAGUUGAUUGUAUUGUUUUUAGGAAUUGAGGGAUAAAGGGAUUGUGAAAAGAGCAUUUUUAUUGGACGGGUCACAUGAGAGUUUAUUUUAUUUUGUGAUUUCGAAGGAGUUUUAACGCAUUAUUUCUUUUACUGAGAAUAAUUGUCCUUGGGUUUAUACAAACUGCUAUUUCCAUAUGU